AACUAUUCCUUGCACCACAAGAGAACAAUUUCAAAUAGUUAUCCCUUGUCAUUCUCCCCAACCUCGUCUUCAUAUCAUACCACCCUAUUCUGGUUUUGGUGGUGGUUCCCCACAAGUAACCUUCUUUAACCCCAUUGCUUCUCACCCAAGGGUCCUCCUCCCCCAUAUAAAUCUCACACCAUUCUUCUUGACAUCCAUACUCCAAAUCCUCCUGUUUCUGUUUUUCUUCUACUUCCUCAGCUAUCGACCACUAUACAUGGGGAAGUUUUUGUUGUGUGGAGUUCUGGUUUCUCUAGCUUUUGCAUUGGUUCAUGGCAUUCCUUUCGACGACAAGGACCUCGCAACUGAGGAGAGUCUAUGGAACUUGUAUGAGAGGUGGCGGAGCCACCACACGGUGUCGCGGGACCUCGGUGAGAAGCAUAAGAGAUUCAAUGUGUUCAAGGAGAACGUCAAGCUCAUUCAUGAGUUCAACAAGAAGGAUGCACCAUACAAGCUCGCUCUCAACAAGUUUGGUGACAUGACCAACCAAGAGUUCCGGAGCUGGUAUGCCGGCUCCAAGGUGCAACACCACAAGCUGCGCCGCGGCAGCCCCGGUGGCACCGGAAGCUUCAUGUAUGAAAAUGCUCAUAACCUCCCUCCAUUGGUUGAUUGGAGGCAGAAGGGCGCUGUCACAGGCAUCAAGGACCAAGGCCAGUGUGGGAGCUGCUGGGCGUUCUCAACGGUGGUUGCUGUCGAGGGCAUAAAUCAAAUCAAGACAAAGAAGCUAAUUUCUUUGUCGGAGCAGGAGCUCAUCGACUGCGACAACCGCAACAACCAUGGAUGCAAUGGAGGUCUAAUGCAGUAUGCAUUCGAAUUUAUUGUUAAAAAUGGAGGUAUAACAGCAGAGGCUGAGUAUCCCUACCUGGCAGAAGAUGGAUGGUGUGACACUUCCAAGAAGAAUUCACCAGUGGUGACGAUCAAUGGAUAUGAGAAUGUUCCUGCCAACAAUGAAGCAGCUCUCAUGAAAGCUGUGGCUCAUCAACCUGUAUCUGUUGCCAUUGAAGCAAGUGGUUAUGCUUUCCAGUUCUACUCCGAG